CGCUUACGUAAAGUUGUCUCGCCCGAAGUUGGCACAGCAUCCCGGUGUCAUCAGCACUCUCACUUUCCCAAAGACAGCCAUCAUCAUGCCACUCUUCAGUCGCAAGAGCAAGGAUCCUGAGCCAGCGGAGGGACUCGACUCAGAGGGGAAGAAAAAAGGAGCAUGGAAGAGACCUGCGAAUACUGCGUUCAAGCAACAGCGACUGAAAGCCUGGCAACCCAUCCUCACACCCAAGACCGUUCUCCCCACCCUUUUCCUCAUUGGCAUAAUUUUUGCCCCAAUCGGCGGGCUCUUGAUUUGGGGGAGCAACAAAGUGACCAAAAUCACGAUUGACUAUACAAACUGCGACACAAAGGCUAGUCCAACCUUUAGCAACGUCCCGAAUUAUAACUACGAUUUGCGCUCGUCGGACCGUGGGCUAUCGAUUACUGCUCCCCAGUGGUCAUUCGUGAACGACUCAAACUCUGAUAUUUCAACACAACAUCACUGUCGCAUUCGGUUCAACUUACCUGCGGACCUCGAACCUUCGGUUUUCUUGUAUUACAGGCUCACAAAUUUCUUCCAAAACCAUCGUCGAUAUGUGAAAAGCUUGGACAAAUCUCAACUGAAAGGAAAUUACCGGAGUGCCAGUGACCUGGACGGCGGCAACUGCAAGCCACUGGGCAAGAUGAGAGUUAAUGGCACAGACAAGGCAAUAUAUCCUUGCGGACUCAUCGCUAACUCCUUGUUCAAUGACACCUUCCUUCCACCCAUCCUAAUCGGCAAUAGCCAAAAUAUCACAUACAACUUCACCGACAAGGGUAUUGCGUGGUAUGACUUGAAGAAACUGUACUCCAAUAAUCCCAACCUCGGCAAUCUCUCCAACGUUGUCCCACCGCCAAACUGGGCUCUCCGAUUCCCAAACGGCUACACUCAGAAUAACAUACCAAAGUUACAGGAUGACGAACAUUUCCAGAAUUGGAUGCGCACUGCUGGCCUUCCUACCUUCACGAAACUCUACUUCCGUAACGACCACGAAGUCAUGAGUAAAGGCGAUUACGAGAUCUCAAUUUUCAUGAACUUCCCCGUCACUGAGUUUGGGGGCACAAAAUCCAUAGUGCUCUCCACCGUCUCGUGGGUGGGAGGAAAGAACCCGUUCAUGGGCUGGGCUUAUGUCGCCACCGCUUGUGUCUUUGUUUCCCUCGGUCUUGCCGGCACCAUACGGCAUUUAAUUUCGCCACGGAAACUUGGCGACAUGUCGAAACUUUCGUGGAAUCAGCCUGGAAUGGGUGCAGGAAGCGCAAGAUAAGAUGUGUGUGUAAUGGGAGCUGAUUUGUUCAGGGGAUUGCAAGGCUAUCUGUACCGUGUAUCCAUGGGUAUAAUAAUUUGUGGAGGUCUCACGACCAUUCAUGGUAUGUCCAUAUCCACGUUUGUUCUCACG